AUGACGGUGAAUCCUCGGGGAAGGACACUGACAUGCCUUUAUUUGUUGGUCUGUAUGGUGCAUGGUCAAGAACAACCUGCAGUUCCCUGCAGUCUCAACAGAACUGUUCUCCAAUGUCCCGAGUACUCCAAGGGCACGAACAACUGGGAGUUGUCAUACCAGCUGAAUCGACCGCAAGAAGUGCCCUGCAGCGCUGCUCCUCGAUUCUGCGCGUUUGAUCUAUCAAGUUCAUUGACUGCCUGCAAGGCUGGGAGCUUUUUCCUUGACACCACCGCAUACCGACUGACCACGUGGUCAAUGAUCACACCAGGAUCGCCUGCUGUGUGCGGCCAUGGCAAUCGAGCAUUUUCCUUCUUCUUUCGAUUGAGCUCACAAUCAGCCAACAUUCACUCGUUUCAAAACCUGCUGAUCAUCUUCCUCGCGGGAGGAAUGUGCUGGGAUACCGACACUUGCGGAACAAACGCGACCAAGAGGACCAUGGGGGCAGCAAACAACCCCUCAAGCCUUGAGCCAGACAUCCCGAUCUCCUUCCUUGAAUCUGUGAGCGGUCGGGUGGGCCUAAGCACUCUCGUUUACAGUCAGGGGAUUUUCAGUCCAGACCAGUAUGACAUAGUAGUCAUCCCUGAUUGCACCGGGGACCUGCAUGUAGGUAACAGAAGUUUCACAUACAGAUCAGGGAACACUUCUUGCAUUACCGCGCAUCACUUUGGAGCCGUCAACACUGGAAUGACGCUUGAAUGGAUCUUUGACAAGAGAAACAUCAAAUCCCUACAACGGAUUUCCAUCAUCUCGACGGGUUUGAACACGGGGCAAUCUGCCCAGUUCCCGGACGCUCGACCGAUACCCUACGCCCCUGGGUCUCAUGGGGGAAUAUUCUGGGCUCCGUUCAUACAAGGGAUGCAUCCUCAAAUACCCGUCAAGGUGAUCUCAGAGCAGUCUCUCGGGGUUGUCGGUCCGAAAUGGAAGGUGAUGAUGCAAGAUGACCCGUGGGGCGCGACCACCGCCAAGACGCCGGACUUGUCACAGACUGUCUUACCCAGCAGCUCUGAAUGGUCGUUCGUAUAUGACGACACCUCGUACUACUAUGAAGUGAUAACACAGAAGAACAGCCUGAUAUCAUUCGCGGAUAUAGCUUCAUCGUCAGACGAAAAUCAGAAACGGUUUUUCGUAGACACCGGGGGGAGUCUGACGGAUUGUUGCCUGGAAGGAUGUAGUUGUUCUCAGGCAGCCAGCAGAUCGUACAAGUCGGGGCAAACAGACUGGUUGAAAAGCUUCAAAGUUGCUGUGAUUCGUAGGCAUCAACGAAUGGGCACGACCUACCUCUCGUGGAUUCAUGAAGUGCCGAACUUGCGAUUCUUGUUGACUCCGGUCAACAUCUCGAAGAGUGUCAACGGCAUCGCCCAAGUGACUCAGAUCUUUGAACAGUUGUUGGGAUCACAAACAUAUACAGCCUGGAAAUCUCGCUUCAACUACACGACGGGAUGUCCGAUACUCAAUGCAUCUUCAAAAUGCGGAGAGAGCAAUGCUAUACUGUCAAACUGGAUCUACUCGAUAGCAACAGCUCGACUGAUCUUCAACUCGAGAGGAAUCUUGGUUGCUACGACAUUCCCUGGACAGAACUACAUGGAGCGGACGUUUGGCAACUACACUUGUAUGGGAUGUCUUGAUGGGAUCCCAGGCUCUUACCCGGGGGAUUAUAAGUGUAACUCGGUCUUAUUGCCCGGAGAAACCUUGUUGUCUCUGGCUGCCAAGUACAUGACGGACUGGAUCACUUUGUGGUCCAUGAACGGAGGCCUCGGCAUUUACAGCUCUCAACAGUUGGUUCUAUACAAGUACGGCCAUGAGUAUCGCAAUUCGAGAAGGAGACGUGAUUUGCAUAGUUCCCAACUUCCAGCAAGCUCGGGACCAGCAGGGACUCUCGAUGUGCCAAGUCAAUCAGAAUUACAAUGUCUGAGAGAUCGUCCGACCGCUACCAUGCGACCUCUGUGUCUAGACGAGAAGUCCGAGGUAUCGCGGGCCACUCAGAAGGGCACUGGUAGCGAGGGACGGCAAACCGGUGCUGCAGUGAAGGAACUCAGCGAGGAAGAACAUCCUGGUGCUGGUGAGCAAGAAGAUAACAGCCCAGAGUCGGAUAAGCCAAGAGUUGUGGAGCCCUGGGUGCCGGUCAGAGCAGGAGAUGCAAAGCUAGGUUUGAAUCGCCGCAGUGAGGACUACCAAAGCUUGGAGGAGGAAAAACAGCAGCCAGUAGCCUCGUAGACAACCUUGCUUGCUUCGACUCCCAUACCACAAGAUGGCCUCAUGGAAAACACCACUGACUGCGAAGGUGAAGACAGCAGCGACACUGUUAGAUAGAUUUAACUUCUUUAGAGGAUUGAAACAGCCAUGUCUGAG